UGCAGUGCAGCUAGUGAGUUCUCUAGCUAGCUAGCGUCGCCGGAGCGAGCUCGACCGUGAGAUCGACCACCGGCCGUACGUCCGUCCUCCUCGUCGUCGUCGUCGACCAGGCCGGCCGGGCGGGCGCCAUGGGAGUGGGGCGAGCGCUGAGCGACGCGAAGCCGUACGCGGCGAUGGUGCUGCUGCAGGUCGGGUUCGCCGGCAUGUACAUCGUCUCCGUCGCCUCCCUCAAGCGCGGCAUGAACCACUUCGUCCUCGUCGUCUACCGCAACCUCGUCGCCACCGUCCUCAUGGCCCCCUUCGCCCUCCUCUUCGAGAGGGGAGUGAGGCCCAAGAUGACAGUGAGAAUCUUCAUCAAGAUCAUGGGGCUUGCAAUUCUUGAGCCUGUGCUUGAUCAGAACUUGUACUACAUGGGCGCGAAGCUGACGUCCGCCGGCUUCGCCUCCGCGCUCGUCAACAUCCUCCCCGCCGUCACCUUCCUCCUGGCCGUCCUCCUCCGGAUGGAGAGGGUGAGGCUCCGGAGCCUGCACAGCCAGGCCAAGAUCGUCGGCACGGUCUUCACGGUGGCCGGCGCCGUGCUGAUGAUCCUGUACCACGGCCCGGUGGUGCCGCUCCCGUGGUCGAGGGGCAGCCACCACGACGCCGCCGCCGCCGCCGGCACCGCCUCCUCCUGGCUGAACGGCACCGUCAUGCUCGUCGGCAGCUGCGUCUGCUGGUCGGGCUUCUUCAUCCUCCAGUCCAACACGCUGCAGAGCUACCCGGCGGAGCUGUCCCUGACGGCGCUCAUCUGCGUGCUCGGCUCGGCCAUGAGCGGCGCCGUCGCGCUCGUGGCGGAGCGCCGCGACAUGAGCGUCUGGGUCAUCGGCUUCGACACCCGACUCUUCACCGCCGUCUACUCCGGCAUCGUGUGCUCCGGCGUGGCCUACUACGUGCAGGGGCUCGUCACCAGGGCGCGCGGCCCGGUGUUCGUCACGGCGUUCCAGCCGCUCUGCAUGAUGAUCACCGCCGUCUUGGGCUCCACCAUUCUCAAAGAAGAGAUCACUCUAGGAAGUGUGAUUGGCGCAUUGAUCAUAGUGGUGGGGCUCUACGCGCUCAUCUGGGGCAAGGGCGGCGACCACGCCGGCGACGGCAAGCUGCAGGCGGCCGUCCCGGAGAAGGGCCUGCCCUUGACCAACGGCGACGGCGGCGACGGCAAGCACGUGCUCGCCGUCGCCGGCGGAGUGCUCGUCGCCGACGUCGAGAUGCCGGCGAUGAAGGAUGUCUACUAGCUAGGUAGUCGAUCUCUGUAGCAGUAGCACGUGUGGUGCAACUGCAUGCAUGCGUGAGUCUCUCCCCUUUAAUUGUGCGUGACGUACGGUGCUCCCCCCCUUUUUUCCCCUGUGUUAAUCUGAGAGGUAUCAUGAAGGUGUUUAGGUUAUUAAUUAAUUAUUAUUAGUCGUGUGAGUUAAUUAAGGAUGGUACGAGGUGUUGUGUGUUGCGCUGCGGUCGCGUGAUCCUCUACGAUCGUGGAGGCGGAAUCAAUAUUGUUCACUAUUAAUUGUGUCCAACUAGCUAACUACUCUUGAUAAUUAAUGUUUG